AUGCGGAGCGGCCGCGUGAAGCGGCUGAGAUUGCUCACCUGCGACGUCACCCCCGUGGUGUCCAUGGAUGAUCCAGGGAGUCCGAUCUUCCAAACCAUAGAUCUGGGCCAGCGGUCUGGCAACACUCCGCUGCCACCAGGUGGCGGUAUCGUGCCAGCUGUCGCGCAGACAAAAGCUCCCUGCUACGACGUGCAUAUGCGAUCUGCAAAUGCAAAAUGUAGCAUAGCUUUCAGGGCUGCUGCUCUUGAUCCUUGGCAGGAGGUAGCGGAAACGGGUGAAAACCCAAACCCAAGGCUCGCACAGAGGACAAUGGAGCCCAAAAUAGCGAGCAAGCCGGAGAGCGUCUGCUGCAGAUGCUCCCAGAUCAUACCAGCCGGGAAGCCUGCAGAAAGCAAGGCGCAACAGACGGCGGCAGUGCCGAGGAAAGACCGGGCAGUCCAGACUGACCCGUGGAGAAGGGUCAGCCAGCAAGACGCCAGUGCUAGCGACGCCCCCAGGCGGAGGCGAGCCCCUCCAGCCCAGGCCACAGCCCCCGCAGCGCCGAGGAACGGUGCCAAAAAGGCCCGGCCUGAUGCCCCAGUGUUGCCCAGGGUAGCGGAGUGCCGGCAUGGGAGUGCAGGUAGGCCACCGGAACCCGAGCCUGUGACUGCCGGGAACUCGUGGAGCACAGUGGUAAGGAAAAAACAAACUCGCAGGACACGCCCAGACGCGGUGGUAGUGGAAGCUCCAGGGAAGAGCUACAGCGAGAUCCUGGCCCUGGUCACGAGAAGGGAGGACAGGCAGCUGACCGAUCUCGGAGGGGCUGUCACCAAGGUCCGUCGGACGGCUAGGGGGAAUUUACUCCUCGAGGUAGCCAGAGGGAGCACAGAGAGCGCCGAGUCCAUGAGGGACAGCAUCUCCAGGGUCCUGGGCGACACUGCGGAAGUACGAGCAUUAACGGAGGAGUCGAAGGUCUGCGUCUUCGAGAUACGCAACCUCGACGCGAUCACGACGGAGAAGGAGAUCCGUACCGCCCUCGCGGAGCAAUACCAGCUCAGCGACGGAGCAGUGAGGAUACGAAGCCUCCGCCCCGGGUACGGGGAUUUCAAAACGGCGGUCUUCAGCCUGCCAUGCUCGAUGGCGAAGGAGGUCAGGCGGCGCGGCAAAGUCCGCAUAGGCUGGACCAUUUGUAGAGUGCGGGAGCGCGAGGGCCCUCCCCGCUGCUUCAGAUGCCUGGAGCUUGGCCACAUCGCCAUUAGGUGUAAGAGCCUGGUGGAUAAGAGCGGCUGCUGCAUCAAGUGCGGCGAAGCAGGCUACAAGGCAGUGGCCUGCAAGAAGGAGCCAGUGAUCCUUCCAGCGAGCUCCGGAGAGGCCGACGUUCAACCCGGCAGCAAAAGCCGUCAGGCCGGAAAAGUCGCGGCGCAGGACCUGCUUACGCAGACAGUGCGCGAGGUAGCGGCGGAUGUGGCCAUACUCAGCGAGCCAUACAGGGUGAGCGUGGGAGGAGAGUGGACCAAGGUCCGCUCUGGCAAGGCGGCUCUUUGGCUCUGCGGAGGCAGGCGACUACGGAUGUCCAAUAUCCUGGCUGCGGACGGAUUCGUGCGGGCGGAAGUUGGCGGCUACUGCGUCUAUAGCUGCUACUUGGCGCCUAGUCUCCCACUAGAGGUGUUCAGUAGGAUCCUGGAUGACCUAAGCUCUGACCUUCGUGGGAGGCCCAAAGUUAUAGUCGGAGGAGACUUCAACGCCUGGGCCCAGGAAUGGGGAUCCGUCUCGACCAACGCCAGAGGACGCUCGGUGCUCGAGGCGUUUGCAUCGACAGACCUCUUCCUCCUUAACGACGGUGAGCGGCAUACGUUCGUCAGAGCAGGAGCAGCCUCCAUCAUCGACCUUACGUAUGUGAGCGGAGCAAUUUCCCAAACCGCUAGAUGGGGAAUUUGCGACGCAUACACCGGGAGCGACCAUGAGGCUAUCAUAUGCUCAGUGGGAGGUCCCGCGGAAGAUACCCGUGCAGCACCGCGGCCCAGCAAAGCCUACCGGCCAUAUACGCUGUGCACGCAGGCGUUCACAAACGCGCUGGACGGCAUGGCGGCCGAAGUGACGGGUGGAGCCAACGAAAUUGCGAACCGCAUCGCAGCAACCCUGGAGCACGCCUGCGACCAGACCCGUAGGCAGCUGACUCGUGCACGCGGAACCUCACGAGUCGCUGAGCGUAGCGAGGUCUACAGGACGGCGAGAAAGGCCCUCAAGACGGCCAUAAGGGACGCCAAGAGGAACCGUUUCCUGCAACUCUGCGACGAGGCGGAGGACGACCCCUGGGGCGGAGCGUACAGGAUGGUGGUCAAAGGGCUGAGAGCCGGCAGCACUGCUCCAUCGGACCCCGUAGCCCUAGAAGGCAUAGUACGAAAGAACGAGAGCAAAGGAGUACCGAAACUUCGAGAAGCGAAAAACGGAGUUGCAGAACUUGCAAAAGCGCGUGACAUUUUUUUUCACUCUUGCGGACGUGGCGAACUUGAUCAGAAGUGCGAGCGGAGUUUUACAUUGUUCUGGAAGCGACCGAUUUUGUACGAGGAGUUUGUGAAUUGA